CUCAUAAUUAUCCCCAUCUAUGAGCGGUCCUUGUUGAUUGAACGGCAUGACUCGUGACUGAAUAGUGACAGUGUAAAAGAGUAAAAACAAUUUCAUCUGUCCCGUUAAGUCUGCUCACCUUGGCCUGUUAAAGGGAGCUUUUUUGGGGGGGGGGGAUUAUUUGAAUGGUACGGGUAAUACCGUUCCCUCCCCCCGUCGCUUAAAACAAGCAGACAUCAAAUGUCAGAUAUUUGGUAUGCUGUGGCAGCACAUGCCAUAUCAGUUUCUAUCACCACAAGUCUCUUGAUGAGCUUUGCUUGCUUCCUUAAAACGGUGAUAUUCUCUGCAAGUUGAAAACGCAGUGUACCAAAAUCUGGACUAGCAGUCGAACGUUCUGAACCUGUGGCCGCCGCAGACACCAUAAAAGUUCAGAAGUGAAGUUGUUUGAAUGCUUAACCAUGUGUAUUUUAUUUUCUCCCCCACAUUGGACUAUCCUUUGUUAAACUUCUCUCUGUUAUUUGUGCGCGUGUGUGUGUAUGUUUGUGUGUGUGUGAGAGUGAUUUUGUAGUGAAGAAGGCAAAGGCAGCCCCCUCGUUGAUGAAAGUGGUCCUCUGCCUGCCAACAGGGGAUUGUAGACAUAUGAAAAGGCCGGCGAGCAUUCAAGCCCCCACCCCUCUCGUUUUGUCCACUAUUCUUUCUCUGCCCUCUCUUUCUCUCCUCUUCUGUCUAAUUUAUCUUUUCUAGGUGGUUUGGUUUAGAUAAUCAACAUCAGAAAUCAAGGACUUAGCCUGAAAAAGGGGGCUUAUUCUGCACUAUUUUGAAGGUUGCUUGGCCAUUAAUUAGUUUUAUUGCUAAAGCUUUGUUCCUUAACAGAUGAGGCUGGUAAUAUUCUACAUUUUCUGAUGUCAACGAAUCUUAUGAAAAGACAAAAACACAAAUGUCCAAAAACGCACAUUGAAUGAAAGCCCAUAAGUGAGCCACGCGGUUGCACUGGGCAACAUGUUGGUUCAUUACGAUAAUGCAGGCACUGCAGUUAAUUCUGAGUCAGUGCCACAGGCUCCUGCUGGUGUAAAUACUCGCCAGUGCACCAAAUGUGUUUGAAUCUGUCGCUGAAAAUAGUCCUGUUGGAGUAACUUUUACUGAAAACUACUACAGCUGUUUCUGGAAAUCUGAGCUUUUUAUGAAUUUAAAUUUGCUUUUUGAAGAUUUUAGUUGCAACAAAUGGGAUUGUAGCUGAGAGCCAGGAGAUCAAAGUAUUUGAGAGACUGACUAAGACAUAGUUGGUUCUGGUUUUAACUUAACAGAGAGUAUACCCAGCCUCAUCCUUUAAAAAAAAAAAAAAAAAAAAAGAAUGUUUACAUUUUCUACUGAAAUGAGAACCUUUUAUGACUGUCAGUUAUCUGGAUGUCCCAAGUCGCUGACUGCACAGACCUUUAAAAAAAAAAGAAGUCAUAUUGGUAUGAGUGAAGUUUGGGAACACAGGUCAAUGAUUGGGUGUGUCAUAUAUAACGGUUUAACUCCAUCUGGUCAUAAGUUGUCUUAAGUUACCCACCCAACAUGACACGAUGUUGGUGCAAUAUUCUCUUUAACAGUGGUCUUCUUUUGUUGUUGUGUUUUACAGUUCUUUUUCCUGGCUCAGCCAGUCCUGUAUACCAGGCCCUGGUGAAAGUACCAUCCAACAGUUUUGUCUCCUGCAGCACUUUCUCUCUCUCCAGUGUGCAUCUCUGUUUACAUGUUGUCAUAUAUUGUAUGUCUGUAUUUUUGUGAUGGAGAUGUCAUUUGGGGGUGGAUUUUCUAUGAGUUGAUUAUGAAGUGUUUUGUUUGUAAAAAAAUUCAGCCUUUUUUGAAAUAGUAUCAGUGGCUUAUUGCAAAACAAAGAUGAAAAAAAAAACAUUGAAUGUGAUAGUGCAGAUUAAUCAAACCAGACAUCCUCUGACCAGGUUUGGUUAGUUGAUGCAGUGACAGGUAAGGAGAUGAGAAUAAUGAUGUACAAAAAGGCACACUACUUACCCUAAAUUCUGUGUUUGCCAUUCAGUAAAUAAUCCAUUGAAUCCUCUGAAAUGUGUUUUGGUAAGUAGACACUGUUAGCUUGUAUAGUGUUCUCUCCAAAUCCCUAAAUUUCUCUUUGUUGUGUGUAUCUCGAUUUCUCUCUGUGCUUUUAGUAGCGAAGCCGCCAGCGUGAGUCGCUUGUUUCAGUAAACGUCUAAAUGAAAAUUGAGGGCACACCCAACUGGAGAAGCAGCUGUGCUUGCUAACGUUUGGUUCAUGACUUAAAAAACACGUUCAGGAUCUAUUCCAGAUGAGGCCAAAGCUUUGUCACUGUUGGCGCCAGCAAAUGCUAUUGCAGGAAUUCUGCCAGGAGGAGGACUUCUCCCAACACCCAACCCCAUGGCCAACGCUGGUAUCGGAGGGAACCCUUUUGGUCCGAACAUGGACGCGUUGGCUGCAUUUGGCUUCCCUGGAACCAACAUGAAUUCUCAGGCUGCUGAUCAGCUGUUAAAGUUCAUGACAGAUCCAAAAAUGAAUCCCCUGGCUGCAGGCUUGAACCUGAAUUCAGCCAUGAAGGCUGAAGCACAGAAUAAAGAAAUCGAAGAGGCCAUGAAGAGAGUCCGAGAGGCGCAGUCUCUCAUUUCGGCUGCUAUUGAACCUGGAAAUAAGGAGAGUAAGAAGAAGCACUCUCGGUCCCGGUCGAGGUCCAGGAGGAGGCGCUCCAGAUCCCGUUCAAGGCACAGGCGAACUAGAAGCAGAUCAAGGCGACGAUCGAACUCGAGAACCAAGAAGCGCUCCAAAAGCCCACGCAGGAGACACAUCCACUCCAGAGAUCAAAGCAGGCGAUCACCGAGCAGAUCCAGAGAUAGAAAGAAAGAUGACACUGGGAGAAGAAGAUCCAAAACACCACCCAAAAGCUACAGCACAGCCCGGAGGUCCAGCAGUGUGAGCCGGAAACGCAGGAGAAGUCGUAGCCAAAGCCGAUCUCCUGUUAAAAAGUCUCCUAAAAAGAGAAUCUCCAGGUCGCCGUCUCCGCGAAGACACAAGAAGGAGAAGAAGAGGGACAAGGAAAGGGACCGUGACCGCGACCGCAAGACUGACAAAGAUCGCAGUCGCGAGGAGCACGAACACUCCAGCAGCAAGAAAAAGAAAAGUAAAGACAAAGAGAGAGAGUGGGAGAGGAAAUCAGAUGGCGAGAAAGGAGAUGUUAAGAUCACCAGGGACUAUGACGAAGAAGAACAAGGCUACGACAGCGAGAAGGAGAGGGAGCGAAGGAAGGAUUCAGAGGGCUCCGCUCUGUCUCCUAGGUCGGUCGAAGGUAACGGCACGGCGCGGUCUGCGAAACAGGCCAAAGUCAACGGCGCUGACGAUCACCACGAAGAAGACAUGGACGUCAGUGACUGAUUGGUCCACCCUGCUUUCUUCACAUAGUAUCUCUCCGCUUUGGUUGUAAACGUGUUACAAAACAUGUUUGUCCCCUCCACUAGGGUAAAUAUAAAAUGUGAAGUGUUUGAAAUGUAUUGAUUUUUCACAAAGAAACGUACGAUGAUGGACUGGUAAGUCUUUUUUUGCCCAAUGUUCUGUCUUUCUCUUGCUUUGAAGUACCUAUUUGUGUUUUGCCUCGACGGAUGCAGUUGGUCAAAACUGGAAGUAGGCUUGCUUUGCUUUCCUGAGCUUGUGUUGAGAUUUUGUCUCUUCAUAUAUUGUAUCUUUACAUUUUUGUUCAGUGAUGUGGUGUGUGAUGCUCGGGCCGUUUCCUUGUUUUGUUUUUUUAGGUAACAGUUACUACAUUUGUUUCUCGUCAUUUAAAAGUGUUGAUGUUUUAUCAGGGAUUUUUUUUUUUAUAAUAAAGCCCAUUUGAAGAACCAAGA